AUGGAUGAUUGGUUAGAAGAUUCCUAUCCAAUAGCUGGACCAUCCAGAACAUAUCAACAAGGAGGAGCUGCCGAUCCAUUGACAGAGAGGGAAUAUGACCGAAUGGUCGCUAGGUAUACAGAUGCAGGUUAUAGAGAAGGUAUAACAGAUGGUAAACUUUCUACCUUACAACAAGGUUUUGACGAAUCUUUCGCACUUUCCGUCCAAUCUUCCAGACGUUUAGGUUUACUAAGAGGUCGAACGGCAGCUUUGUUAUCUUAUCAUAUUCGAAAACCUAUCAAUUCAUCUCUUACUUCUAAUUCAACCACCCGACUAUCGAACUCUUCAACGAUAAUAAAACCCUCGGUAACUUCAUUCGACUCUGUAACGACAUCUCCACUCAAUUCCACUCGUAUCAAGAAUGAAAAUAAUAUCAUCGAGGUAGACAACGAAGUCGGCGGUCAUACAGAACAGAACAAUCCUGUUUUUCCGAGUCGGUCAAACGUGGAAUCUACAGAGAAACGAGUAGGAGAUUCCAAUAUGGAUGAAAAACGGAGAAUAGAGGUUAGACAGGGACUGAAGAUAAAUGAGUUGGUGAGGAGUAAAGAAGAAAUGUUGGAUAUUUUACGUGAUUUGAUCAGAGAAUUAGGUAGAGUCAAAAGGGUUGAUAUACUUCCUCCUGAUCUUGAAAGGGAAGCACAUGAGAGAGAACAUGAUGAGCUAGGUUUGGUUUUAAAACCGACGGAUGAGAGGGGGAUGGAAGAUAUACAAGAUACUUUACAGAAUCUCGGUGGAGAAAGGGGAGGGAAGAAAGAAGAAGAAUUGUUGAUUGAAUUGGAGAAAAGAUUGAAGGAGAUACGAGAAUCACUGAGGAUGGUCUAG